AUGUCUAACCUUAUUGCGGCACUGAUCUACGUUUACAUGAACUUCUUUCCGACACCGUCAUAUUUUGUUGUGAUAGGUCACAUUUGCUGGCAACUUGGCCACGGUUUUCCCGCAUUCGUUUAUCUGUUUCUCAAUCGCACGAUUCGGCAUGAGGCCCUCACACUGCUGAGGAUUCGUCGUGGACCUAAUGCGUUAAAACCUCUCGCUAUCACAUCAUCGAGGACACAUCAUAAUGAAUUAUAA